UCUAGAACUUGUCUUAAAGAUUUAUUAUAGCUCUCAGCUUCUCUGUCACCUCAGUAGAAGAAAAUGUCGAUCAUUCCAAUCAACGAUCGCCGGAGUAUCUCUCCCGGCGAUAGAAUCUGGGAGCCAUUCGAACUCAUGAACACCUUCUUCGACUUCCCCUCACCUUCUCUCCUCCUCCCUCGCCACUUCCCCUCACUCUCUUCACCAUCCACCGUCGAAACCCAACUCAACUGGACGGAGACUCCGACUGCUCACGUUUUCAAAGCGUAUCUUCCUGGAACGACUCAGGAUGAAGCGAUCGUGUUCGUGGACGACGAAGGAUACCUCCAGAUCUGCGCGGGAGACAACAAGUUCAUGAGCAGAUUCAAGCUUCCCGACAACGCCCUGAAGGAUCAGGUGACGGCGUGGAUGGAGGAGGAUGCGUUCCUCGUCGUGUUCGUCGCGAAAGAUGGUACUUUUUCCCAGACGCCGCCGGAGAUCGAGGAUAAUCGCAAUGUGAGAGUCGUGGAGAUCACCGGCGAUGAUGAUUAAAUUAAGUCUGGGGACUUUUGAUACCUGUGUACUAAAAUUAAAAUAAACAGAGUAAUCAUGUAUUUAGGUUUGUGAUCGGAAGUCCUUUGUGAGCUUGUGUGAAGUUUCUUGUCUUAUAAACGAAUCUGUGUCGUUUUACUGAAUUGGAAAAAAAAGAAAAGCAUGUAUAAUAGAGAAAAUUUGGAAGGAACAAAUGUCUACCAAAAUAGCUUAUCAUCAAAUAAGAAGUAGCGGAAAAGAACAU